AUGCUGCCAGUCCAGCUGCCACCCAACUUGCCACCUGGCGGCUUGGCAGGGAAAAAGGUUCUGAUCAACCCGCACUUCAAGGGCAACUUCCAGCCUCCAGUUGAAGGGCUACCGACAUACAUACCGACAAGAAUACAAAAAACACCGCCGCUCAGUCCUACACUGGAGAGCAAAUUCGGUCCCAUUAAGGACAUCGACGAUGCGGCCGAGCGGUUCAUCGCCGAGCAGCGCAACGCCCUGGCCAGGGCUGCCACCAGGAAAGCGGUCAGGAGGUCGCCGCAGAGAUACAUAGAGAACACGACGAUCGAGAUUGAGAACGAGCUGGCCAGACGCACCGAGGACGAGGAGUUGCUCCGCCGCCAGGAGGAGUUCAUCAACGCCAACCGCGCCGGACUGCGCAGGAGGAUGCGCUCGGCGAGCCCGGUGGCGGCGCGGCGCAGCCCCGAGCCGCGCAGGAGCCCGCCGCGCCGCGCGCGCCACGACCCGCCCGACGAGGACAGCGAGUACCGGCGGCGCGUGCGCGAGCAGGAGAGCCUGCGCGAGCGGGUGCUGCGCGCGAAAGAGAUGCGACGACGCCGCAACGCCGUCGCCACAAACCAGCACGGGGAACGCGAGAAGGUGGAAAAAGAGAAGGAGCCGGCAGCAGCCAAAGUUGAGACCCCCAAAGCAGCUGAGGCUGCCAGUGACAACAGGCCUAGCAGCACGCAGCCCGACAAGCCUGACAGACCUGACAGUCUGAACAGGCCGGAGAAGGGCGACAAGCUCGACAGGCCCGAAAAGCCCGACAAGCCAGACACCACCAGGAAGUCACCUGACAAGCUCGAAACUGACAAAGCUGAAAUCAGAGACCGCUCUCCGGUGAAGAUUGCCAAAGACGAGGCAGAGGUCAACUCCACAUGUGAGAAUCUGACGCCGCCGCGGGAGAAGAUGCCGCAGAAGGAGAAGGAGAGGGAGAGGGAGAGAGAGAAGGAGAGGGAGAGGAGUCCGGAGAGGGCGCUCACGCCGCCGCUGCCCUCGCAGGGGCCCAAGGCCUACAGCGACGACGAGCUGGACCUCAUCCUGGACGACAUCGACGACAUCCUCUCCGACGAGGACAGCGGCCGCUUCAAGGAGAAGAAGGAGGAGGCGAGCAAGGCGAAGAGCUCGUCCGACCUUCGCGCCAAGCUGCCGGCGCGAAGACCGCCGCGCCAGAAGAUCGUCUUCGGCGAGCCUGAACCGGCCAAAGAAAAAUCACCAAUACGCAGGACCAUAGUUACCAGCUCCACUAAAGCUGACAACGGUAACUCUAAUAAGAAAUCCACAAAGCAGGCAAAGCAAAAGACUGACGCCGUCUCUGCCAAGUCUCGGGCCAGGAUUAUAUUUGAUAAGAAAGAGCCCGAGGGGGACAAGGGCAAGGGCAAGCAGCAGCAGCAGUUCGCCAACGCCAACCGGCGCGUGGUGCUGCAGCGCGCGGGCGGAGUGUUCGGCCGCGCGGUGCGCACCGCCCUCGGAGAGGCGCGCGCCCCGCCCCCGCCCCGCCCCGCCCCCGCCGCCGCCCCUGCCCCUGCCGCCGCCUCGCCCCCGCCCCGCGUCGAGUACGGCUCCGAGUCGGAGGGCGAGCCGGAGGGGGCGGGCGGGGGCGGGGGCGCCGCCGCGCUCGUCACCAACCUGCCGCACGGCAUCACGGACACCAGGCUGCGCACACUCGCCGGCGACAGCGUGCAGAGUUUGAUAUUGGAUAAGGAAGAGCGCAGCGCGAAGAUAUCGUUCAAGACCGCUGUGGCCGCUGACAACUUUAGGAGGAAGUUCAACAACAAGAUGGUCGCAGCUAGCAGGCUAACCGUAACCUUGCGA